UACUAAUGGUGGGAUAAGAUCAAUUCAAAGACAGAGGAUUGUGCAUGGAAUCUCCUAUGCGUCAAUUUGAUUGAUCUUGCAAGGAAGUGUUGCUGAUUGCAUCACAGCAAUCACUUAUUAUAUUGCUGUUCACCUGGUGCUUGGAGUUUUGACUGACCUUUCUAAUGACCUGGACCGGAUUUCCUGAUGGAUAAACUGUAGAUUGACAGUGUUUCAUUCAGAGCCAUUACUAUAGCCCAUGGCUAGCAAGCUGCUGUGAAACUCUUCCUUUUGAGAAUCUGCACUAUAACAGUGCCAACAAAAUGCAGAAGCAAGUGGAGAUCAGAAUGCAAGAGAGUCAUCUGGACCUUCCUCCACUGCCUGAAGAGUCCAUGUGUGGAGGCUUCUGUGACAAAAUCAUGAAGCAUCUGUUACUUACGCUCACAGUUUUUGGUGUGAUCACUGGUUCAGUAGCUGGUAUUCUGCUGCGUUACGCAUCACCACUCCCCGCUGAUGUUAUAAUGGUCAUUGCCUUCCCGGGUGACAUUCUCAUGAGGAUGUUAAAAAUGGUGAUUUUGCCUCUGAUCAUCUCAAGUUUGAUCACAGGAUUAGCAGGGUUGGAUGCCAAGUCCAGUGGUCGUCUGGGCACAAGGGCCAUGGUGUAUUACAUGUCUACCACCAUCAUCGCAGCUGUGUUGGGAGUUAUCUUGGUGCUCCUCAUCCACCCUGGUAACCCCAAACUGAAGGCAAACUUGGGCGAAGGCAAAAAGAACGACGAAGUGUCCAGUUUAGAUGCCUUCUUUGAUCUCAUCAGAAAUCUCUUUCCAGAAAAUCUCGUUCAGGCUUGUUUUCAGCAGAUCCAGACUGUUACUAACAAGGUAGAAGUAGCUCCUCCUCCAAAUCCAUCCCGGUUUGGACGAAAUGCUACUAAGGGAGCAGCAAAAUAUGUAAUCAAGAAGUCUCUUCAAUUUAAGAGUGGCAUGAAUGUUUUAGGUCUCAUUGGGUUCUUUGUGGCGUUUGGGAUUUGCAUGGGAAAGAUGGGAGAAAGGGCCAAGCUGAUGCUUGAGUUCUUUAACGUUCUCAACGAGAUCGUUAUGAGGCUUGUUGGCGCAAUCAUGUGGUAUUCCCCCAUUGGUAUUGCAUGUCUGAUCUGUGGGAAGAUUAUUUCAAUUAAUGAUUUGGAAAUGGUGGCCAAGCAGCUGGGAAUGUACAUGGUCACUGUUAUCAUUGGACUUAUUAUUCACGGAGCCAUGUUCCUUCCCUUAAUAUAUUUUGUUAUUGUUCGGAAAAACCCAUUCACAUUCUUCAUGGGAAUCUUUCAGGCAUGGGUCACUGCUUUAGGAACAGCUUCGAGUGCUGGGACAUUACCUGUUACUUUCCGCUGUCUGGAGGAAAAUCUGGGCAUUGACAAGAGAGUGACUCGAUUUGUGUUACCUGUUGGAGCAACGAUCAACAUGGAUGGUACAGCACUUUAUGAGGCAGUAGCAGCCAUCUUUAUUGCACAGAUGAAUGGAAUAGAACUCGAUCCUGGUCAGAUCGUGACAGUCAGCCUUACAGCGACUCUCGCUAGCGUAGGAGCUGCCAGUAUUCCCAGUGCUGGUCUGGUGACGAUGCUUCUGAUCUUGACAGCUGUGGGACUACCGACUCAAGACAUCAGUUUACUGGUAGCAGUCGACUGGCUACUGGACCGUUUCCGAACAUCCGUCAAUGUCGUUGGUGACUCAUACGGUGCUGGAAUCGUGUACCACCUCUCCAAAGAUGAGCUCGACAUGUUUGAUGCACAGCAGAUAAGGCCAGAUGACUUUGAGAUGGCCAAGAAACAAUCCUUCUUUGAGAAUAACACUAACAACGGUGUAUAUGCAUCUCACAACUCCUAUCAGCCGGUCCAAAUAGAUGACUGCAAGUCUUUCAGCAUUCUGUAAGGAAUCCCGCUGCAGCUAAUUAUUAUCUGUCUUGUGGUGGGUACAUUUCUGUGAAUUUGGAUAUCAAUUGUGCUGUUAAAAUGUCAAAGUACCUGGAUUCUCUGCUCCAAACCAUAAAUGGUAAAAACUGCUAACCAUAAAAGUUAGCAGCGUUUAAUGCAUUUUGACUGUGCCUUGGUAAAACAAUUAGUUGUCCCUGAUAAUUGCUUUCAGGUAACCUUGGCCUCAAAUGGCUCCCCUGCGGAGUUCUCACUUGUUGAGGAGGAACCAUGGAUACACGCGUAACACAGCACACAGAUCCAGCUCCGCCUUAUCCUGAGUCCCACAAUCUUAUCCUUUCUGGUGAAAACCAAAUGCUAAUUUUGUACAUAUAAACAGUCAGAAGUUACCACAGAAAGUUUCAUAUGCACAAGCAAUGAGUUUUAUGACAGCAUCAGUACAUUUGAUACACAAAGGGAUGAGAACGUAUCUCAAAGUAGCGGGUGGUUCAGGUCAGGCUGCAUAUUAUUUACACUCAAGGAUUACAAUAGUUAUUAUUCUAGGCCUUGGGUUUGAGUAUCAGUCUGAAACCUGCUGCCUUAAGGCUACCACAUAGAAGGAUAGCAGUGGUUUGUCCAGCCACAGAAUGACCCUAGAGCACUACUAGUGGCAGGAGGAGAGAAGUGCAGCUUGUUUGCUGAAGAUACCUUUGACUGGCUCGGCUUACGUGGAUUAACCCUUGGUGGCAGCACCCCAGAUCAGCCUCUUAUAAGAGCUUACCAGUGUUCUUAGAGGUUCUGAAAUAGUGGUUUGCGUCCAAAUGCUGCCACUUAUAUUUAGACGCUGCCCGACGUAAAUUCCACAUCAGCAAUUACAGAGCAAUCAGACAUGAAGAAUGACACUGAGUCGCUUGACGUUAUCCGCAAGGACAUUUAAAUAUCCUGCAUAGUGGACUGAAUAGUUUUCAUUCAAACAAGUCUCCAUGUGUGUUUAUGUUUGAGGAAAGGGACUUGUAGGUUUUGUAUGUAUCUGUGUGCUUUGUUAAGUUGUUGAUUUAUUUAUUUAUUUAUUUGCUAAGUUACAAACUUGCCUUGAAGAUAUCAACUUCAAACUGCAGACGGAAGACUUUAUGACAUUAAUAUGAAAUGCAACCCCAUUUUCUUGGAUCUUAGACCAUUAAUAGUGUUUGAUUCUCUGAGGAGAAUUCUUGGAAACUCAGAUAAUUAAGUCCAGUUGAAUGGAUACUGUAUUCACACUGAUAAGAGAGUCCCUCAGGUUAUUUGGUGCUCAGGUUACAUGUUAGCAUGUAAAAGAAAAAAGAUGACCGAAAUGAGAUCUAUCAUUAAAUCUGCGCCAUUUAUUUGGUAGUCUGUAAUAGCAAAAUGAUCAGCAUUCCUCUUUUGCACCAGAAUCUUAAAAUGUUCUAAUUAAAGUGCCUCCUUGCACUUUCUGUACAUAUAUAUAUAUAUAUAUAAAUACACAUAUGUAUGCUGUCAUAUUUUAGAUGUAUUUUUCAUGCAAAUUAAAGUGUAGUAUCAAUUUUAUGACUUUUGCCUAUUGUUUUAUAAAACAGUGGCAAUUCAUGUAUUCAAUACUGAUGCAGUAUUCAGUAUAUUACUAAGUAGAUUAGAGCGUAACAGGUUGUCUUAAGUAGUUAUUGCUCUCAUAUACUGUACAAGUCACAUGGAACAGGAUGAGUAAAAUUUAUGUAUAUGAAUGUAAGCAUAUUUUUCACUGUUACAAUUCAUGGUGAUAUUGUGUCUAAAAUAUUGUGUAUUGUUAAACAUUUUGGUAGGAAUAAUGACACUAGGGUGAAAAAGUCAAAUUACUAAUCAUUAUAAACCAGGCUUGCUACAGAUUUAACAGCCUUAUAGAGAACUUGAGUAUGUAUUUUGAGGAAAUGAUACACAACCUAGAGACAGUAUCUAUAAUGUAAAAGUGUGCACUGUUGAAAUAUCUGUUCAGGCAGGAACUGACACGGUACAGUGAUGUAUGUUAACAAAUAUUGUAUGACAAACCUGCUCUUUUUAUUUGUGCAGCCCUGUUCGGUUUCAAAAACAUUGUAUUACUUGUCUACCAAACUUGAUUUUGCAUCCGUGUCUUUUUCCUCUAUUUUUCUAUGAAACACCUGUAACAAAUUGUAAAUAAAGGCAAUGCUUCUUGUCUCACUGGUCUCUCUCUCUCUCUUUCUUUCUUUCUUUCUUUCUCAAAGUCUUUAUAGGUAGUGAUGCUAAAUAAAGAUUUUUAAAAAAUAUAUGUUGUAAUCACAACA